UUCAUUGGUACGUUUCAAGACUUUUAAAUUCCAAACGGUUGUUGGCGAGACAAGGCGAGGGGUUUUCAAAAGCACACCAGCCCUCCGUGGUCGUCGGAUGCGUUGACGAAAGACGUUGUAAUAUCGACACACUUCAUCUGCUAUUUUUUGUGAAGAAUGAGUUCCGUUGACGUCAAUGAUGAGAAUCGUGGGGUCUGUCCUGGAGGAAAGCACAACAGCUCAAUUAACGACAUUUUUGCCCUGGAUCAGCCAACUGGGAGACCCUCCAUCCUGCGUCAGACCGAGAACCUGCCCAGCAAGACGGUGCCAAAGGGAACAAAGGUGGCUUUUCAGACUCCAAGAAGAGACCCUGUGACUAAGAGAAUUGUAUCUCCCAGCAAGUCGCUCAAGAUGGCGAGUGUGGACGAGCGCACAAAAGGGACGGAGUCCUUAAACUUUGAUAAAAUAAAUACUUUACCAAAAGAGGCCACUGAGCAGCCUGAGCCCAAACAAGAGGUGUCAUCUUACCCUGAUGAUGACAUGCCGAUACAAAGCAAGGGAGGUUAUCAGUUUGAUUUCGACAACCUCGACUCCAUCAAUCCAUUUCUGAGUUCGGUAACCACGGUGCUUUCUCCCGCGAGGCCCUUUCUCGAAAACCCUCCGGAACCAGAGAACAACUGGGAGGAGCCCGCCAAAAUGGAAACGGCGCUAGACGAGACCCUUCCAUUCACCCAGUCUGUGGAAAGCUCCCUGGUUGACGUCUCGGCCGACAUCAGCUCCAGAGAUAGCAGCGUGGUCACAGUGGCGAAGGUCCACCGCGUUGAGGAACAAGAUUCCUGCACCGCCACACCUGAUGAUAAACAACCCGAAAGAGUGUCCUCAAAUGUCCAUCAAGACAAAGAGCCCGGCAGCUUUUUGGAAGACGCCCCUCUGACGUCCGACGGGGCUUACACUUUUGAUUUUGACAACCUUGACACGAUCAAUCCUUUCCAAACCGGCGGCUCCAAAAUCCCAAAUUCACCGGUCCCGGAGAGGACCGUGCCACACGGCCACCCGCCUGUUGAGGAGACACAGAAAAAGGAAACUGAACCUACCGAUGUGGUAGACGGGCCUGAGCUGGCUCAAGCAACUCUGGAACUGGUCGACUUCUCCACUGACUGCAGUGUGGUCACAGAGGGGGCGGCCCCGGGAGACGAGGUACGAGAUUCAUGCACCGCCGCACCAGGGGAAACUCGUCCUGCUCAAAUGUCUCCCACCGUGCAUCAAGACAAAGUUUCAGGCAGUUUUGUGGAAGACGCCCCUCUGCUGGUGAAAGGCGCUUACAGGGUGGAUUUUGACAACCUUGACGCGGUCGAUCCUUUCCAAACCGGCGGCUCCAAAAUCCCAAAUUCACCGGUCCCGGAGAGGACCGUGCCACACGGCCACCCGCCUGUUGAGGAGACACAGAAAAAGGAAACUGAACCUACCGAUGUGGUAGACGGGCCUGAGCUGGCUCAAGCAACACUGGAACUGGUCGACUUCUCCACUGACGGCAGUGUGGUCACAGAGGGGACGGCCCCGGGAGACGAGGUACGAGAUUCAUGCACCACCGCACCAGGGGAAACUCGUCCUGCUCAAACGUCUCCCACCGUGCGUCAAGAUAAAGACUCCCCUCUGCUGGUGAAAGGCGCUUACGCGGUGGAUUUUGACAACCUUGACGCGGUCGAUCCUUUCCAAACCGGUGGCUCUAAAAUCCCAAAUUCACCCGUCCUGGAGAGGAAAGUGCCAAACGCUCACCCACCUGUUGAGACCCAGAAAAAAGAAGCUGAACCUACCGUGGCGGAGGCGCCUGCGCUGCCUCAAGCGGCGCCGCAACCGAUCGACUUCCCCAGUGACGGCAGUGCGGUCGUGGAGGGGACGGCCCCGGCAGACGAGGUUCGAGGUGUAUGCACCGCCACGCCGGAGGAAAGGGAGCCUGCUAAAAUGUCUCCUGCUGUCCACCAAGACAAAGCGUCUGGCAGUUUUGUGGAAGAGGCCCCACUCCCGGCGAAAGGCGCUUACACCGUGGACUUUGACAACCUCGACGCAGUCGAUCCUUUCCACACCGGCCGCUCUAAAAUCCAGAAUUCGCCUGUGAGGACAGCGCCAGGCGUCUCCCCCCACGAUGAGGAGGCGCAGAUUAAGCAAAAUCAACCCACCGGUGUUGUCAUACCUGGGGUGACUCAAGAGGGGCCUAUUCUGCCUGUGAAGGAACCCGCAGUGGCUCCGCCAGCGGAUGCCCCAAUCAAGGAGGGAGCCGUCAAACUAGAGUUUAAUUUCGACGACGGCAGGGAGGUCAAACGGAGACCCCCGCCCAAGAAAUUUGGCAAAAGGCCAGCGGGGGUGAAACCCGUAGAGGGGAAGCCGGCGUGUGACGCCAAACCGCCGAAGGGAUCGCCGGCGCGGCCGGAUGCCGCUGGCGUUCCCGUUCCCACUGCGUCCUACUCGUUUGACUUUGACAAGUUGGAUGAGCCAAACUACAAUCCCUUUGGGACUAAAGCAAGCGUGAACGACUCUUCAAUGUGCGGCAAGAAAUCCGGCCCCGUGCUCAUGGAAGCUUCCAUUCCAGAGCAGGCGGACAGGCCGGUUCAGAAGGACGCUGUAUCUUCAGCAUGCGCUGCAGAGAGUGUCCAACCCGAGAGGGCAGGGAGGCAGACUGCCGAAUACGCAGACACUAAGACUCCUUCUCAGCAAGACAGCGGAUUUCUCCUUGAAGCUGAACGACCCUCGCAGAGUCUUCCUGGUGUUGAACUGUGUCAGCCGGAGCAGAAGUCGCACACCGCCAUGUCAGAGUUCAAUAAUGAGUUUGUUCCUGGAAAUUUGUUUAUGGCCAAUGACUUGGAUGGGCAGAUCGAUUACCUCGAACAGUUUGGGUCCAGCAAUUUCAAGGAAUCCGCAUUGAGGAAACAAUCCUUGUACCUUAAAUUUGACCCUCUGAUGAGAGAGAGCCCCAAGAAGGCUGCAGGCCCCGUUGCUCACGGCGACGUCUCCCGCCCCGUUGCCUUUGUGUCACGGCUGGAAACUCCACAGGUGGCAGAAAAGCCUGCAAGCGGACAACAAAAGGAUGAUUUCAAACUCUUUGAUGCACCAGCUACUUUCCCCCAGCCAGUGAACACAGAGGAGGCCAUUAUCGAAGUGCUGAAGUACAGUCAGAAAGAUAUGGACGCAGCCAUCGCCAGGGUCCUGGCAGAAGGAAAGGAAAAAGAGGAGCAAUGGAGUGAAAAGUAUAAUAAGAAACUUCAUGAUGUUCAAGAAAUGAGGAAAAUCAUUGCGGAAUUUGAGCUUGUGAUGGCGAGAAUGCAGACUGAUCACGAGAAAGAGAAGGAUCUGGCCCAGGUGAAGCUUGACGAGGCUCUGCUGGAGAAGGAGCAGGUGUCCAGUGACCUGAACGCCAUGGAGAGAUCUUUCUCCGACCUGUUCAAGAGACUGGAGAAGUACAAGGGUGUCGUUGAGGGCUACAAAAAGAAUGAAGAGAUCCUGAAAGCGUGCGCUCAGGACUAUUUGACAAGGAUCAAGAAGGAAGAGCACCGCUACCAUACCCUUAAAGCUCAUGCUGAGGAGAAAAUUUCUCUUGCAAAUGAAGAGAUCGCUGAGGUGCGGUCCAAGAACAAGGCGGAGGUCUCUGCGCUUCAGGCUCAGCUGCGACGGGAGCAGCUGAAGGCGCAGUCGCUGGAGAAGAGCCUGGAUCAGAAGGUGAAGGAGGCUGAAGAGCUCACCAAACUUUGUGACGAACUCAUCACCAAAGUCCAGAAGGGUUAAGCUCAUUUGUAAAUACUGUAUAUUUUUUUCAUUACAUUCAAGAUCAUUCUUGUGUACUUUGUUCGUCUUUGUCAGUGUUACUGUAAAAAAAGUUAAUAAAGAUGAUUUACACGUUUUAGCGACUUUGUAAUAAAGAGUCUGUCUGCAUGACAAAUAACCACCAGGGGGCAGUCUUUGCAUUAACCUUGACCCACGACGUUUUGGAUUAAGUCAUGUCUCUUUUUGAACCCAAACAAUGAUGUUCUCUGCAUACUUACUUCAAACAAAGCGAUCAGAUGCACUUGUCCCUCAUCCGUCUGGAGCCAAAGCUCAUUCAUUCCCUGUAAUGCAACAAAACAAAGCUUACCUGAUACAAUGCUCCCCUUCUCUCCUAAGCCAUCACAUCACAAUGCACUUCCUAACUGGUGAAAGGAAAUCCUACCUAGAUUGGAGUUGAAUGAGGUGGUGGUAGUGCGGACCGGGGGCGGGGGGGGCGGUGGAGUCACUUAAAUGGGAGGCGAUGUUGGUCACUCGGUGUAGUCUUGCAGGGGCCAUCACUCAUCUAAAAAGCACUGAGACUGCUCUUGUCUCUAUUCAGUUAUUCAUCCCACUGCUGGCUGCCCUCUGUGGACACUUCAGCUCGCUCAAAAGAAAGCUGACUGAAAACU